ACUUUGAAUCGUGUCUGCUGAGUCCGACCGCAGCAACACAGCAACAGCUGAGAGAGCAGCAGUGAGAGCACUGAGCAGGCAAAGUGUACAGCUGUCUGUCAGCUUCUCCACUUCAGCUGUGUCCCAAACUUUCACCAGCGCUCAGGAAAAAUCAUGUCGUUCAUUCUUAUGAAGAAGAAGAGAUUUAAAUUUAAAGUAGACUUCGACUUGGAGGAGUUGUCAUCGGUUCCCUUCGUAAACGGAGUUAUAUUCUGUAAAGUCAGGCUCCUAGAUGGAGGCUUUGCUGAGGAGUCGACUCGAGAGCCAGUCCAAGCCAACUGUGUUCGCUGGAAGAAGAAAUUCUCUUUCAUGUGUAAGAUGAGUGCCAAUGCAGGGACAGGUGUACUAGACCCCUGUGUGUGCCGGGUGUCUGUGCGCAAGGAGUUGAAGGGUGGAAAAACAUUUGCAAAGCUGGGCUUUGCUGACUUGAACCUGUCAGAGUUUGCUGGGUCUGGCAGCACUACACGACGGUGUCUCCUAGAGGGCUAUGACACAAAGAACACCAGACAGGACAACUCGAUUCUCAAGGUUGUCAUCACCACACAACUUAUGUCUGGAGACCCCUGUUUUAAAACUCCUCCAUCUACAGCCAUGACUCUGGGAAUCCCACAGGCUGAAGCAGAGUGUCUCCUUGAGGACAGAAAGGGAGGGGACAUGCACAUAUCCCAUUCACUCACUGAGAUUCCAAAGAAAUCGGUAUCAGUCCCAGAGGAGCUGGUGGUGUACGGUCACUCGAGAACACCCAGCUAUGCAAGUCAGCAGUCAAAAAUCUCAGGUUACAGCUCAAAUCACUCCAGUUUAACAGAUCUGAGCCAUCGGAGGAGUGCGUCAGGAGGUUCUGCCUCCACAGGCAUCGGCAGCAUCCUAGAAUCCAGCGAUCAGCAGGUAGAGAGAGGAGAGAGGGAGAGCAGGUCCACUCCACCGGUUUCUGCAAACUGUCACCAUGCACCUGAACGCCCUUCUACACCCGUCAGGGUUCCAAGACACCCAGUAAAGCAGAACUCCAUGGAGAAUCAGUUGAAGAGAGUCGAUGCCACCAGGGUGGAUGCUGAUGACAUAAUAGAGAAAAUCCUACAGAGCCAGGAUUUUAGCCAUGGUUUCUUGGACUCCAGUGCAGAGGAAGAGGGACUCAGCUUGUUUGUUGGUCCUGGUGGGAGUACAGCCUUGGGAAGCCAACACACGAGGGUCGCAGCUGGAGCCUUUGAGCAGGUGGUGAUCAAGUACUAGGCUUUGGGAAGCAUGUGCCUGUCAUAAAAGGUGCCGUAUUACACUGAUUCGGGGGACGCAAGACAGAGUUGUGGAGGUCCCAUCAGACCCCACUCCUGACUCACUCCAGGAGAUUUAAUUUCCCUUAUGUAAUCUCUCUGCAUCUGACCUACAGCCUUCUGUUGACCAGGAGAGCCCUCUAGUGUUCAAGAAGUGGAGUUGAAGGCCUUAUUAUUGAAACACUGAAAACUGGUGUACUGACAUACAGUAGUAUCUCUUGUGGUUGUCUUGUGCUCAAUGAAAAUGUGAGACAAGGGAUUAGUACUGUAAUUCCUCUGUUCACCCCAUUUUGUCAGGGAGUUGUUAGGGGAUUUCCCCUGUUAUUUAAAAAAGUAUAUGACAGUGUCCAACAUGUUUUUACUUUGGUAUAAUUUUUACUUGUUUCACCAUUUUAUUAUGUUAGUUUUUGUAUUUUAUUUGUAGGAAAAAGGGGGCUGAGGUUGAGUUAUUGUAACUGACAUCAGGUGCAAAUGUGUUUGUGAAACCACAGGUGAACAUGUGUUGUCUUCUUAUAAACAGAAACUGUUAAUCAGUGUGUGAGAAGGAUGCUAUAUAGGGGGAGUAUGACAGAUAGCUACUUGUCAUCUUCUCUUUAUGUGAUAAUCGAUAAUAGGAUAAGUAGCAGGAGGGGGGCUGUGUCCACCCCUGUGGUCUAAUAUAUCUAAAUUAAUAGACAAAUAACAGUGUGGAAUUUAUGUACGGUGGUUACAGCACCAUUGUGUGUCAUUAACCCAGGCCCAUUACAGAUAAACAACUCUGCUCACCUGGUUGUGAGGGAGGAUGACUGCAUUUAUAAUACCAUGAAGUUUUUAUGUUUUGUUUUGUUCUGUUGGAUGUUCUCUCUCGCGCGCUCUCUCUCUCUCUCUCUCUCUCUCUCUCUCUCUCUGUAUGUUUGUGUGUGUGUGUGCGUGUUGUCUAUAAAGUCAAAAGUAAAGAAAUUAUUUUUAUCACAGUUUUUGUGAAUGUGGCAAAUGAAGAAAACUGUUUAUUUGCUGUCACUUAAGAAGGCAUAUCUGCAGUAUGUAAGCUAUGGUCCAUUUAAUGAAUGUUAAUGGUGUAUUUAAGGCCAAAUCUGUAAAUAAAAAAAGAUGUGCACUCUGAA